AUGGAAAGAAGCCGUAAUGCAUCAUCUGGCUCAAUCAAAAACCCAAUUCCAGAAUAUUCUAAAACUAUAAAUGAUGUACUCCCCCGCAAAGAGUACGGAAGUCUCAUAAAAGUUGGCUCCUCAGAUCUACGUUCACCUCUCAAAGAGACAAAAUCUAGUUCUAAAUAUUCCCGUAAAAAGAACCAAAUUGACCCCUUUGGAACCAGAAGAGCAGCAGUCAACCAUAGCAUGAGCGAGAUGAAAAAUAACCAAAAUGUUAAACCUUCACAUUUUCAUCAUUCCAGGAACAACAGAGCAAAAGCUUCUACUCUUUCUAACGGUGGAAGAUACAGAAAUUCUCAAACUAUCCAAGCUCACCAAGACCUUAACUCGGAAACAGUUAUGGAAGGAAUUAACCAGCUCCGGGCUGAAAGUGCAUACCUCAUUGAAAAAUCCUACGAUGCUCCAGAAGGUAACUACAUACAAGGAGAAGACGCUGACGACCACAUUCAAGAAUUGGCUCAGACCAAUGAAGAGAUGAUCACCAAGCUCACUGACAUUGGAAAUCAGGUAGUUCAAGUAAUUGACAAAGCCAAAAAUGACCAGACUCAAUACAGAAGAAAAUACAGAGAAGAAGUAUUAAAUAAAAACAAAGAAGAAAAAUAACGACCCUGAACUAUACCAAAAGAUUAAACAAAAAGAAAAGCUUUAUACUGAAGUCAAUAAAAUAAGGAAGGAAAUUCGAAUGGCCAAGCUCAAGUGCUCUGCUUAUGCCACAUCUGAUAAGAUCGAAGAAGACAAGAGUAAUUACAAACAAAUAAUCGAAGAAAACUAUCAACUUUAUGAAGAAAUAAAAUCUCUCCAGAAAAUCAAAAAGCAACAGAAAAUUGCCAUUCAGGAACUGCAAGAAAUAGAUCCUAAAUCUACUGUCGAAGGAGAAGAAGCUAAUCAGAAGAUGCUCCAAAUGAGUAUAGAAGAGAAAAAGAAGUUCCUUAUCCUCUCAGAAAAAAUCAAGGAGAUAGACCAAAAGCUUCAAGAAAAACUAAUCAAAAAUUCCAAAAUUACCGAAGAGACUAAAUAAAAUGAAGGAAACCCUCCAUAUGUUGGAAAGAGGCAAGAUGUUAAAAAGCAAAAAGGAAAUUAAGGAAGAUGCAGAACGAGACCAAUUAAGAUUUAAAUUAGAAAAUCUCACCAAGAUUUGGAAAGCAAAGAAAUCUAAACAUAAAUCUGACCUAAAGGUCAUUUCUAAUAAAUAUCGCCAAAUAGUGAAAUCUAUCCUCGUUUGCAAAGCCUCAUUUGAAGAAGCAGUUCAAGAAUCUACAAAAAAAAGCAAGUGUGUUUUACAACUGAAGAGUAUGGUCGGACUUCCAAAGCCAGCUGCAAAGGAAGAUAACCUUUAAUCCAAUUCAACAUGUUAAGAGUAA